CCAUACAAACCAUUGUUAUUACUAUAUAUUAAAUGUAUGAAUGAAUGCAUUAAAGUAUCGGUAAUAGUGUUGACCACUGUUUGGCACUACAUAUGACAGACAGAGAAGAGAAACAGUUAGAGGCAGUGGUCGACCACUUGAUAGCUCAGGUGACAGAUCUGAAGACAUCACUGCAACACCUGAUAAUGAGAGUCGAGUCAGAGUACGAGUCGAUAUCGUGGCCACAAUUGAUGGACUCGUUUGUAGCGCUGAGCGGACGCAUCAAUAACUUACAGAAACUGAUCAAAAACGACAAAAUGCCGACUCUUCGCAAUCGUGUCCUCUUUCCGAUGCUUCUAAACCCAGAUCUCGAUCCCGAGUUGGCCAAACUGACGGAAGGACGCGUACAAUCAUUUAAUCACGAUAUGGUUCCCGACUAUCUGCGGACAAAACCGGAGCCCGAAAUUGAGGCCAAAGAGAAUGCCAUCCUUUCUAAGGCUUUCAAUUUGAAUUCAGAUCAGAGCCACAAACAGAUUACUUCUGCUAAUAAAAUUGUGACGAAUAUCACUGAAAUGAUUAAAAACAAUCGCGAAGAGUGGGAAACUGAGACCAACCGACAAAAUCAGACACAGACUUGUCUAAUGACAGAUACGUCAACACUUCUCGCAGCCAUCACUUUCGGUAAAGGACUCAAAACAAUGAGUCCACCGAUCAAAGGACCGGCCAAUGCUGGCAUGUCAUCCGUACCACAAACACAACCAUCACAGCGACCUCCAGGCAAAGCACCCGCAACUAUCAAGACUAACAUCAAAGCGGCCAAUAAUGUACAUCCAUAUACUCGAUGACCACACUAUAACUAUGAACUUAUUUAAUGAUUUUUUAUGUUAAUUCAUAAAUAAAAUAAUUUUAUUUAUA